AUGGGAGCAUCAGCUUCGAUGGAGCAGACGGUAUCGCCGGAACAACGAGAGUUGGAAAGCCUCGCAGCUUCCACGGGAGCUCUUCCUUUGCUUCAAAAGUCCUUCUCGAAGCUCUCCGAUCCUCAAACAAACACAAUCUCCAUCCAAUCCCUUCAGCAAUGUUUUUAUUUAAGUUACGAGGAUUCAGUUUGCGAAUCACCACAAAAGCCGGAGUCUUUUCCAAGGUUGAUGAAUCACUUAGGAUCAUCAGUAGUAGACUUAUUUUUCAUAUCUGAAAAAGGAGGCAUAAACUGGUUAGGAUUUCUGAGAGGUUACGUUAAGUGCUGUGGGAGGAUGUCUACAUCAAUGUCGCUUAAUGUACUGUUGAGAAUGCUCGCUAUGGCAAUGAAAAAAUUGGGACUUUCUACGAAAUUGGAGUUCGAAUCGGAUGAAUCUGAUUGCAAGAUAAAUGGGUCUUUACUGCCCACUGAUGUGCUUCUGCUUCUUUGGAUGUGUUGGGCCAUAUUGUGGAAUGUCAGGACUUUGAAAAUUUCCCGAAGUAAAGAAAAAUUGUUCCUGCCUGAUAUUAAUCAUUUGGUGUUGUCUGCUGUUGUUUCGUGUGCUGAUGUUAGUAGCAGCUUGGAUGUAUGGGAAUGUGAUAUAUUAGGCUUGGAUGUUCAACUUCCUGUGGGGAAGUUUCUUGCUUGGGCCUUAACGACAACGCCAACCCUUUCGGAUUGCUUAACACAAUUUGUUCAAGGAAGACUUCAAAGCUCAGUUAAUGCAGAGGAUGAGUCAGGAUCUUCAGAAUCAAUUUCAGGUGAUAUUUCAUCAAAGGCAUCUCAAACUUUACUUCUAACACAUGGAAGGGCAUGGGCAAUUUCCCUUGCAUCUAGAAACACCAUUAGUGAAGAAAUUUUGAAGACAUGCUUUGCUGGUGAUAUUGUUGGAACAAAUGAAAAUCUUCUUUAUCGGUCAUCUGCUCAUGGGAAGGGCUUGAACAGAUUCUGGUCUAAUGUUGAAGGUUAUCAUGGUCCAUUACUUAUUCUGAUUUCUGCGAGCUCCGAAGAUUCCCAUCAGGAUAGUAGCAAUGCCAGAAAAUGGACCAUAGGGGUACUUACACAGCAGGGUUUUGAAAAUAGGGAUUCAUUCUAUGGAAGCUCAGGGAACCUAUAUGCUAUAAGUCCAAUCUUCCAUGUAUAUUCAUCUUCAGGGAAAGAGAAGAACUUUGUGUACAGCCAUUUGCACCCUACUGGCAGAGUUUAUGAAUCACAUCCAAAACCUGUGGGAAUUGCAUUUGGAGGAACUACGGCAAAUGAGAGGGUAUUUAUUGAUGAAGAUUUUGCUAAGAUUACCGUCCGCCAUCAUGCAAUGGACAAAACAUACCAACCGGGUUCCCUUAUCCCAAAUCAGGGUUUCCUCCCAGUGGAAGCUUCGAUAGCAGAAGUGGAAGUUUGGGGACUUGGUGGUAGGACUGCAAAGGAAGUCCAGACUUCAUACAAGAAACGAGAAGAGCUUUUCACCGAGCAAAGACGCAAGGUUGACCUGAAAACGUUUGCAAGUUGGGAUGAUUCACCCGAGAAGAUGAUGAUGGAUAUGAUGGCUGAUCCCAACAGAGUUGAACGAGAAGAUCGCUGAGCAAUUGAACACCUGUAAUUUUCUUUUUCUUUCUUUAAUGAUGGUUCUCCGGCCAUAAGUCGUAGCGUUGUAACUGUUUGGAAGAAACAAUUUCUUUUUAUUGCUGUACAGUGGCUCUAUAAAAUUAUAGAUAUAAAGUUUCACUGCGUUGGUGCCCAGUCAAUUCA